CAUAUAAUGUAGGUAGUGUAGACAUCUUCAAUGUUAUCAUGAUAUGUUUGUUGUGACAAUAGAAAAGAUAAAUAAUCAUGGUUCUUUCUUGCUUAGUGUGUAAACUAAAAAUAAAUACAGCAGAUAAAUCUGUGUCGUUUCACAAGUUUCCCAAAAAUGAAAAUACAAAAACAAAGUGGUUACGAGUUCUGGACAUUGCAGAUAUUAAACCAUCAUCAAGAAUAUGCUCUCAUCAUUUUAAAGCAGAGGAUUUUACACUGGGUACAUUAAAUUUAAAGCUUCGGUUAAAAUGGACAGCUAUUCCAUCUAUAAAUUUAAAAAGAAAUCUUCAAACAGAUUUACGUAAUGUACAAACUAGUAGUAACCAGAAAAUCAUAUAUAAUCAAGAGUUUAUGAAAGAUUAUAUAUUUUAUAGAAAAUUUUUACGAAAUGAAGAUGAUGAUGGCUUGCCAUUAAAAAAUGUAAGAAGAUUAUCGGACAUCAAUAUAGAUGAUGUUUCAAAAUCUUCUGUAGAAGCGAAGAUGUGCUUAGAAGUUGCUAUGGAAGAAAUAAAAGAACAAGGACAUAAAAUUAGACAAUUGAAAAAGAAAGUUAACAGAUUAGAAUCUGUUGUUUGUGAUUUAAGAUCUUUGAUAAAAGAAUUAAAAUAUAAAAAAUUUUUGUCAAAGUCAAAUGACACUUACGUGAACCUUCUUUGGACGAAUCUGGAGAUGAAUUCAAUAAUAUUGGAGAAAUAAAAUAAGCGAUAUAUAUAUAAUAUAUAAAUAUGUAGAGAAAUAAUUAAAAAUAGAUAAAAGAAAAAUAAAUCUGAUAAAG